AUGUCUAGCGAUACUGCUUACGAAGAGGAAGCCAAAUUUAUCAAGGAGAACCCCAAUUUUCUAUACCUUGGAUUUGGUCCAACUCAGGAGCUACGCGAUGAGCACCAUGCUGCCUGUGUAGCGGCGACAGCAACUGUACUACCAGCUGUCACUGCUCACAACGAACCUCUUCCUCGAGCAAAUGCUCAACCAGCCAAUGAAGCAUCACAUACAGCUUCAAAUGUAGCAUUACUAGUGCGCCGAUGGCCAUCAUCAGAUCUUGAUGCAUAUGCGGCAGCCAAUAACAAUGUUCCCGGGGCUCUUCCUGCGGCUCCUCCCAUCAAUUCCACUCAAGCCAUUACUCCUAUAGCAUACGUUCUGCCAAAAGGCGUGAUCAUUGAAAUUCAUGAUAGACCGCUCGAGUGGACUCAAGAUUCUGUCGCGAUUCGAUCGGUCAUCGAACAAGAAUUUGUGGUUAGCAAAGAUUUCCGAGGUCAACCUCAAUUAUGGUGGGAACCUUCUGGUUAUCCUUGA